AUGCUGGAUCAUUGUAACCAAGUUGGUCUAUCACUGCUCUUUGGAUGCCUGGCUUGUCUUGUUUUGACCUCUGUUGUAAAUGCAGACGGUCGAGUGUUCGUGUUGGACCUGAGGAACUCCUCCGGCCUGCAGGGCUUCAGAGAUGCUGAGAGGGCUUGUGCCUCACGACAUGCACGCUUGGCCUCAGCAGCAGAGCUCCGUCAUGCUGUGGUGGAGUGCUUCUUCUCCCCAUGCACCCGUGGGUGGCUGUAUGGGGGCACAGUGGGGACCACGGUGUGUAAUGUGGUGGGCAGUGCACUGAAAGCUGUGGAUGUCAGAACAGAAAAUGCCACAGAGGACGCUGCACACCUGGAUGCCUUCUGUAUCAAAGACAAAGGUGUGCCGUGUGGUGACCCUCCAUCCUUUCCAAACACCCGUCUGCAGGGGCACACUGGGUAUGAGAUGGGAGACGAGCUGCUGUACACAUGUGUGCCAGGUUAUGUAAUGCCCAGUGGACACAGUGCCUUCAGCCUGCUGUGCGACAGCUGUGGAGAGUGGUAUGGACUGGUGGAGUUAUGUGUCAAAGAUGAGAAGGAAAGUCACAUUGACUACGAGGACAAGUUCACAGAUUCCUAUGGAGAGGCAGAGCGCCACAACGAGAGACCAGAGGAGGCUCAUGGUGAGGUGUACGAGGAGGUGCAUGAAGCUGCGUAUCCGGAGGGGGAAAGGAGUCAGGAGCAGAAAGAGAUGAGCCUCAGUGCAAUAGUAGACAACGAGCAUCACAACCAACAUGGAGAUCAUGAUAUGGGGGGAGCUUUGGAAGGAGGAGAAAGAGACGAGGACCGUGCUGUUGAGGACUUCAUAGGCCAUCCAUGGGAGCAGGAGAGGAGGGAGGUGGUCAGGACUGAUGCAGCUGCAGCAACAGAAGCACCCGUCUCUCUUCUCUCCCAGAAACACCUCUUCUGGUUCCCCUCUGAGGCCUUCCAGGAUGAGGGACAUCCUGUCUCCAGCAAUCCACUAACACAAACCACACAGAGAGCCUCAGGCGCCCAAUCAGAGGAGAGUAAAGAGCACGAAAGCCAAGAAAAGCACCACCACCAGCGUCCAGUUGCUUUUGAUGACCAUGAGCGAGACAGCUAUGAUGAUGGUGACACAGAUGACCGAGAUGAUCAUAAUGACAGCAAGCAUGACGAUCCUGAUGCCCAUGACGACAGCCACCAUGAUGAUCAAGAUGACAGUCGCCAGGACGAAGAUGACCGUGAUGAUCAUGUGAAGCAUUACAUUCCAGCUCAGCGGGAAGACAGACAAGACCGCCACGAGAAAUAUGAUGACCGUGACGACCAUUAUGACAUGGGAGAACACGAAGAGGACCGCAGUCAUGUUCGCUAUGGCAGCCAGGAGUAUGACGAUACUUUCGGAGAACAUGAAAGCUAUGAAGAGCAUGAGGAUUUGACCGAUGAUCUUGGUGACGAUGACCAAAAACGUCUAGAUGGCUCUGAGGAACAUCCAGACCCUGAUGACCAUGACGACCAUGAGGAGCAUUAUGACCCAGAGGAGAAUCAUGACGACCGUUACAUUGAUCAUGAUGAUCAUGAGCACGAUGACCAUCACGACUAUGAUGAUCAUGAUAGCCAUGAAGAAGAUGAUAAUCAACAUGUAAUCUUCUCUAUAGCAACGGAUGGGCGUAACAAUGUCACUCACAAAGAAGCAGAGGCAACCACAGACGACACCUGGCUAGACGGCUACCCUGUCAUUCCUGAAGCAAGAGAAAAUGGUGACUCCACAACAGAAAGGGCAAGAACAAAGGACACAGUCAGGGGGACAGUUGUCGGGACAACAGACAGACCCAACGAGGUGGAAAUUCGUAGACCCGUCCCUUACACCAGUUUGCCCGAGGCACCAGAGUCUCCCACUACGGAGCCUGCCUUAGAUCAAGGGGUAGUGGAGGAGAUGCUGCCUGGCUUCAUCCCUACUGCUGCUCCCUCACAGUCGUCAGACUCCCCCUCAUACUCUGACACACUGGACUACGACACUCAACAGGUAGCUCCCACCCACUCCUGGCACCUUACUCAGCAUCCUUUACUCGAUCACGGCCCAGUUCCUCCGAUGCACGACAGUGACAAUGAGGGAAUGGAGGAGCACACGUUACGUAACCUGCCCAGUGAGACCGGCGAGAGGGGCGAGAUGGAGGGAGAGAUGGGGGAGGCGAUCUGUACAGGUGAAAAUUGCCCUCCCCAUCCCCCAAGCUCCGCUAGCCGAGGCCCCACAGUGGCAGCCAUAAUUGUGGCGGUAUGUGCAGUUGCCACGGCGGUCAUUGUCGGGGUGUGGUGCUACCGACGACAACAGCAGAAGAGCUCAGUGUAUGAGAUGAAUGGAAAGGGCCAGAGUCAGACCAGACAGGGCCAACAGAUAGAGAUGCAGCAAAAAGUGUAAGAGCAAUGGACAAAAGAGGGACACUGACAGAGGACAGAGACAUUUGGGAAGGACGAGAAGAUUCAGAUGAAGUUGAGAGCAAAGCACAGCCCCUCAUCUCGCUAGAAACUACUGCAUAGUUGAAGAUUUUUGGAUAG